AUGUGGACUGAUCUUCUUCUACAGGCAGCUCUGAUCCUGCUCACUCUCUUCAUGUUCCUCUUAAUGCACAACAUUCCCCAAAAGUUCUUCUCCAGGUUGCGGUUUCGAAAUCGAGCCGACAUGCAAGCCAAGCGCCACUUCAUCCAAGGCGCCCAGCACCUUGCUCAAGCGAAAGCAGCCAAGGACAGAUCAACCACUACGAAGCUAGCCAAAUCUGCGGAGUCCGAAGCCGACGCAGCAAUCGCUCUAGAUCCCAAGGACGCCGCGGCUCACAUACUCAAGGCUCUGGCUCUCGAGGUGCUGGGGUUCAAGACCUCGGCUCUCGACGCGAUCGACGCCGCCCUGUCACCGGCGGUGGCGAAGUCUCUCGGCGAUCCGGAGCGGGCGGACGCGCUGUUCAAGCGGGCAGAGCUGCAGUUGGCGGCGAGUCGCCGUGGGCGAGUUGACUCGGCGGUUGAGGACCUGGUGGAAUCAGUGCGGUUGAAGGGCGAUAAUGCCAAGGCGUUUUGUUUGUUAGGCGAUUGCUACAAACGCAAGGGGCUUAAGAAUGAGGCCCAAAAGGCUUACGAGGACGCAUUGAAAGCCCAACCUAAUUACACUGUAGCCCGAGAAGCCCUUAACCGCUUAAGCCCAUAG